AUGAAUAAUCUUGAACACAAUAAUAAAGAAUAUUUGAAUCCAUUCAAUUAUAAUGCAGAUUCUUCCCCUUUCUCCAAACCAAGUCCUUUAGAAUGUUUACAAAAGUCAUGCAAUAAUAUUUUACAACAUAUAAAUCCCUUGCCAUAUCGUCAAAUUCUGAAUGAAGUUUCUCAUAAGCUGAGUAGCAGUCUUAAUUAUUUCACUAAUUACUCAUCAAAUUACUCUUGGCUUAAACAGAAACGUAAUACAAAAUUACGUCAUUACAGUUCCCCUGGUUCCUAUUUAUUUCCACUCUCCGUUGCAUGCAGUUCAUCACUUAGUUCAAGAAAACGAAAUUUGGUUACAUCCAAGCGUACAUUUAGAAAAGUUUCCCAUUCAAAGAAGCUAAAUUCAACAUUGACAGAUGGUAACAUUCGAACACAUAGAUCGAUUCAAUCGAAAAAUAAAACUUUAAUACAUGAUAAAAUUGCUCUGAACGAUCCAACAAAAAAUGGUAAGUUCUUAUUGUAUUCAGACAAAUCCGUAAGUCAACUGACAACUGAAUCUCCUCAAAUUAAUGAUUCACCAACUCAAAAAGUAUGUUCACCACAAUCGGUGGCAUUGUCAUCUUUCAAUACUAAUUCAACUAUUUUAAAUGGAAAUUGUACAUGUACCAUCUGCAAUAAAAUACAAAUGUUCAAUAUCUUACUAACUUCCUGGAGUGCAGUGAUAAACUUUAUUCAAAAUUUACAAUCAAAUAUGACUUUAUAUUCAAAUGAUAUGAGUAUAAAUACUACUAACGAUCUUGUUUAUAAUUUAGAAAAUUCACUAAAACAAAAUGAACCGAUUAUUACUGAAUCAGAUGACUUAAACAAUUCGUUUACAUUACCAGUUAAUAGUCAGAAUAAUUCUCAAGAUUCUAAUUUAGAAAACGAUAACUAUAUAAUUCAUAAUGUACCUUUAAAAUAA